AUGGCAGCACUGCGUCCCAAAGGCCCCUUGGUCUCUUUCACCCCGGCUCUUCUGCCAUCAGUCAAAACACUCCCAGGUCGGACUAUUGCUCUCGAGAAACUCGAGCCAAAGCAUGCCGAAGAUAUAUUCAAUGUCACUGGCGGGACCGAAGCAUCCAGAGCAGCCCUGUGGGACUAUAUGCCCGAAGAACCAGUUUCCGACCUGAACACAUUCAAAGAAAACAUUGCUUCCAAAUCCACGUCAAGCGACCCAUACUUCUAUGCAAUCAUCGACCGUCGCGAGAACCUGCCAACAUCUGGAAAGGCCAUUGGCCAUAUUUCCCUGAUGCGAAUGGUCCCCAGCCAUUUGAACAUCGAGAUCGGACAUGUGAUGUACUCCGCUGCUCUUCAACGCACGACCGGUGCAACCGAGGCUGUCUAUCUUCUUGCUCAGCAUGCGUUCCAUGAUCUCGGAUAUCGCCGGUUGGAAUGGAAGUGUCAUUCCCUGAAUGAGCCGUCGCGACGGGCUGCCUUGCGGUUGGGUUUCACUUUUGAGGGAAUCUUCAGGCAACACAUGAUUGUCAAGGGCCGGAACAGGGAUACUGCAUGGUUCUCUAUCUUGAAAGACGAGUGGGAUGCAUCCUUGAAGUCUGCGAUGGAGAAAUGGCUAGAUGUGGGCAAUUUCAAAGAAGAUGGAACCCAAAUUAGAACUUUGCAGGAUUUGAGGGCUGAGAGCUCAUGA